GUCCCACCUAAAACGGACAGAGCAGCUUCACUUUGGGCCGCCGGAGAUGGAAGAAACCCGAGUCGACGGCGAUUAUUUCAGCCUCCAAAACCUUCUAAAUCCCUCCGAGAAACAUCGACUGGCGACACUCGACGCCAUGUCUUCUUUUUAAGACAGUUUCGAUAAAAAAAGGGGGAAAAGCCUGGGGUGUAUUUUUUUUUUUUUUGAAGUGGCGACCGACAGUUUAGUUAGCUUCACUGACUCAAACACGCAAACGGACAGACGGACACUGAUUUGAGUUUGUACGCGCCAUGUAAAUAAGAUUAUUAUAGUGAGGGUUUAUUUUUAUUUUGUAUUUGCAGUCCUAUACAGUUUUAGGUGCUCGGCUCUACUAACACGUCCGGUUUGAAAAAUUGUCACGAUCCAUGCUGAGACUGUUUCCCCCCGGAGAGAAGAGCUCAGCUGCAAAGCAAAGCAAUAAUCUUUCAGUUAGUUUUUUUGAUUGGAUUUUGUUUUUGGGACAUUAAACGUUGCCUGUUGGAAUAUAAAGAUGUCAACAAAAACUCCUCUGCCUACAGUCAACGAGAAGGUGACGGAAAGUCACACGUCUCACAGUAAUGGCCGCCAGGAGAACAGCACUCGCUCGGCCCGGAGCGGUGUUCGAACCCGCAGCUCCGAGGAGCCGCAGCAGCCGCACGUCGGCAACUACCGGCUGCUCAAAACCAUCGGCAAGGGCAACUUCGCCAAGGUCAAACUGGCCCGACACAUCCUCACCGGCAGAGAGGUGGCAAUUAAGAUUAUAGACAAGACGCAGCUGAACCCGAACAGCCUUCAGAAGCUCUUCAGAGAAGUUAGAAUAAUGAAGAUUUUGAAUCAUCCCAAUAUAGUCAAGCUGUUUGAAGUGAUCGAGACGGAGAGGACGCUGUACCUGGUGAUGGAGUACGCCAGUGGAGGAGAGGUGUUCGACUACCUGGUUGCACAUGGACGAAUGAAGGAAAAGGAGGCCAGGGCUAAAUUUAGACAGAUUGUGUCGGCGGUGCAGUACUGCCACCAGAAGCACAUCGUUCACAGAGACCUCAAGGCGGAGAACCUGCUCCUCGACGCAGACAUGAACAUCAAGAUCGCAGAUUUUGGUUUCAGCAACGAGUUCACGAUGGGCAACAAGCUGGACACGUUCUGCGGUUCUCCGCCGUACGCAGCGCCGGAGCUGUUCCAGGGGAAGAAGUACGACGGGCCGGAGGUGGACGUGUGGAGUCUGGGGGUCAUCCUGUACACGCUGGUCAGCGGGUCGCUGCCCUUCGACGGACAGAACCUCAAGGAGCUGCGUGAGCGAGUGCUGAGAGGGAAGUACCGCAUCCCGUUCUACAUGUCCACGGACUGCGAGAACCUCCUCAAACGCUUCCUGGUUCUCAACCCGACCAAGCGGGGGACUCUCGAGGUGAGGGAGGACACAGACAAUCAAAUCAUGAAGGAUCGAUGGAUCAAUGCUGGAUUUGAAGAGGACGAGCUCAAGCCUUACACUGAACCAGAGACGGACAUCACGGAUCAGAAGAGAAUAGAUGUGAUGGUGGGGAUGGGCUACAACCUGGAGGAGAUCCAGGAGUCUUUGGCUAAGAUGAAGUACGACGAGAUCACAGCCACCUACCUGCUGCUGGGCAGGAAGGCCUCCGAGAUGGAGCCCAGUGAGUCGGCCUCCAACAGUAACCUCUCUCUGGCCAAACCCAGGCCCAACAGCGAGGUCAACGGACAGUCGCCGUCACACCUCAAAAUCCAGAGGAGCGUCUCCUCCUCCAAUCACAAGCAGAGACGUUACAGCGAACAAGUCGGUCAGAACGUCACCCCGGGGACGUCUCACCCAAAGAGGAGUCAGACCACCACGGCGGAGAACAGCGCCAAGGAGGAAGGAGGCGUCCAGCUGCGUAAGCCCAGCACCCCGGGGGGCCGCCCGCCCGCCAGCCCCCUGCUGGGCAACGCCAACAACCCCAACAAGGCCGACAUCCCCGACCGCAGGAAAGGCGCCACAAUCACCCCCGCCAAUAACACCGCGUCGGCAGGAAUGACCCGGAGGAACACGUACGUCUGCAGCGACAGAAACAACACUGACCGCCUCUCAGUCAUCCCCAACGGGAAGGAGAACAGCAUGAGCGAGAUGGCUUGUGCCACUAGCCCCUCCUCCUCCUCUGGCUUUGCGGCCGCUGCGUUUGCGGCCUCGUCCAGCUCGGUGCGGCUGAGGUAUCAGAACGUGGGCCCGUUGUACAUGGGCCAGGCGGGCUGGGCCACGCUGCCCCACUCCUACUACGCUCUGGACUACUACUCGCCCAACAGUGUUGAAGCCUCCCCGGGCGACCAGAAGAACCCGGUGGCGUCGAUCAACAGCAUCGCCAACGCCUCCACCCCCGACCGCCUGCGCUUCCCUCGAGGGACGGCCAGCCGGAGCACCUUCCACGGCGGCCAGCUGAGAGACCGCCGCACGGCCACGUACAACGGCCCCCCCGCCUCGCCCACACUCUCCCACGACGCCACCCCACUCUCUCAGACCCGCAGCCGUGGAACCAGCAACCUGUUCUCCAAACUCACCUCCAAACUCACCCGCAGAAACAUGUCAUUCAGAUUUACCAAAAGAGUCUCAACCGAGUUUGAGAGAAACGGGAGACUUGAGGGCUCAAGUCGCCAUGUACCUGGGGAUCAAAAAGGGGAAAAUAAAGACAGUAAACCCCGCUCCCUCAGAUUCACUUGGAGUAUGAGGACCACCAGCUCCAUGGAGCCUUGUGAGAUCAUGCGGGAGAUUCGCAAGGUGCUCGACGCCAACAACUGCGACUUCGAACAGCAAGAGAAUUUCCUGCUUCUGUGCGUGCACGGGGACGGGCACGCAGAGAACCUGGUGCAGUGGGAGAUGGAGGUCUGCAAGCUGCCCAGACUCUCGCUCAACGGCGUGCGCUUCAAACGGAUAUCCGGAUCAUCCAUCGCUUUCAAAAACAUUGCAUCCAAAGUGUCCAACGAGUUAAAGCUAUGAACAAAAGGGUUUAAAAAAAGUAUACAUAUAUAUAUCUAGAAGUAUUUAAGCUGUACAAUCAUCCAAGUAGCAGUUUCCAAAUGUCUCCUUUUUUUAAAAACAAAAUACAGAGUAUGUAUUGAAUAUUAUAAUGUAUAGAUUAAGGCUUUUGGCAAUAAUCACUGAUACUAAUAUCUCAGUCUAUUCUGGCCACACCGGGUCAACAUUAACGAGUUGAAUAUGAUUUGUCAUGCUGUGAAUGUGGACAAAAAAAGAAAACAUUUCUAGUCUUUAUUUAUUUCAUCUUUUGGUUUUUUUCCUGGAUAAAAAUAAGAAAAAAAUUACGUAGCGUUGUUUUUUUGUUUGUUUUCAGUGUAAAUAAUGUAUCUUUUCUUUCAAGACGGCUUCACUGCAAUACUCAUUUUGUUUUUCUUUUGUAUUUCGUUCAAAAAGUAGAGAUGGGGUAAGUCCGUGUAAAUGCUCACAUGGUUUAGGGUCACUCAUGUCUCAAUUAAAAGUGUCUGUCGACUUGAACGUCUCACGCUGAUCAUUUGUAUCCUGACACCAUGAAAAUAUAAAAACGUGUUUCCUUCAA